CGAUCCAUCAGUUCUUCUCUCCUCUUCUGUGCAGAUAGAUGUUCGCAAUAUUAUCUCUACUAGAAAAAUAAGUCACCGGUUGCAGUUACAGCUCUAUCCGGCGGGGGAUACCGCUAUAAUGGGUGUUUUUCACGGAAGUGGACUUUGUAUUAGUUUUCGUGCUCGCAAAUUCAGAUAAAAAGAACAGCACAUUUUGACGCCCACCGCUAGCUAGCGUCGGUCCUCUCCGCUCUGCCUUGGUCUUGGUGAGAGUCUUCAUACGAGGGAUUUUCAAGGAAUCUGACUGGGAGACAGUCCUAAACCACAAACAUGUCUGGGGCGUCUGUAAAAGUCGCUGUUCGAGUUCGGCCCUUCAACUCCAGGGAGAUGAGCAAGGAGUCAAAAUGUAUUAUUCAGAUGCAAGGCAACACUACAACUAUUAUUAACCCCAAAGCACCAAAGGAGCCAGCAAAGACCUUCAGUUUUGACUAUUCCUAUUGGUCACACACUACGCCGGACGACCCCUGCUUUGCUUCACAGAACCUUGUGUACAAUGACAUCGGCAAAGAAAUGCUGGCACAUGCUUUUGAGGGCUACAAUGUCUGCAUCUUUGCCUAUGGCCAGACAGGAGCUGGCAAAUCCUACACCAUGAUGGGCAAGCAGGAGGAGGGGCAGGAAGGAAUCAUUCCCAUGCUCUGUGAAGAUCUGUUUGAGAAAAUCAAUGAGGACAGCAACAAAGAGGACCUCUCUUACUCGGUAGAGGUAAGUUACAUGGAGAUCUACUGUGAGCGGGUGCGAGAUUUGCUCAAUCCCAAGAACAAAGGGAACUUACGAGUGCGAGAACACCCGCUACUAGGCCCCUACGUGGAGGACCUGUCCAAACUAGCUGUCACCUCCUACACAGACAUCGCUGACCUAAUGGAUGCAGGCAACAAGGCCAGAACUGUGGCUGCCACCAACAUGAAUGAGACUAGCAGCAGGUCCCAUGCUGUUUUCACCAUUGUCUUCACACAGAGGAAGCACGACAAUGAGACAGACCUCUCCACAGAAAAGGUCAGUAAAAUUAGUCUGGUAGACUUGGCAGGGAGUGAACGAGCAGAUUCCACUGGAGCUAAAGGUACCAGACUAAAGGAGGGGGCAAACAUCAACAAAUCUCUCACUACAUUAGGAAAGGUUAUCUCUGCCUUGGCUGAAGUGGAUAACUGUACCAGCAAGAGCAAGAAAAAGAAGAAGACAGACUUCAUCCCAUACAGAGACUCUGUUCUAACCUGGCUGCUGAGGGAGAACCUUGGUGGCAACUCCAGAACAGCUAUGGUAGCUGCUCUCAGUCCAGCAGAUAUCAACUAUGAUGAAACCCUCAGCACGCUGCGCUAUGCGGACCGGGCCAAGAACAUCAAAUGCAAUGCUGUCAUCAACGAAGAUCCCAACAAUAAGUUGGUGCGUGAGCUGAAGGAUGAAGUUUCUCGACUAAAGGAACUGCUCCGUGCCCAGGGCCUUGGAGACAUCCUGGACAUUGAUCCUAUGGGGGAUGAUUAUCCAGGAAGUGGAAUCAAAUACCUCAAAGACAUUCAGAACAAUAAGAAUAGAUACUUGAUAGCCUCAGAGAACCAACGCCCUGGCCAUUUCUCCACAGCCCCUAUUGGUUCCCUGACAGCCUCUCCAUCCUCUGGCUCACUGUGCAGCCAGGGGGGCCUGCAGUCAGUCACCAGCAUCCAGGAGCGCAUCAUGUCCACACCUGGAGGAGAGGAGGCCAUUGAAAGACUCAAGGAAUCAGAAAAGAUCAUUGCUGAGCUCAAUGAAACCUGGGAAGAGAAACUUCGAAAGACUGAGGCAAUCCGCAUGGAAAGGGAGGCAUUGCUUGCAGAGAUGGGUGUGGCGAUCCGUGAAGAUGGAGGCACUUUGGGUGUAUUCUCUCCUAAAAAGACCCCACACCUGGUUAACCUGAAUGAGGAUCCUCUCAUGUCAGAAUGUCUGCUCUACUACAUCAAAGAUGGAAUUACAAGGGUGGGUCAGACCGACACUGAAAGACGACAGGAUAUUGUUUUAAGUGGUGCUCAUAUCAAGGAAGAGCACUGCAUCUUCUGCAGUGAGAGGAAUGCCAAUGGAGAUGUUAUCGUCAUGCUGGUGCCCUGCGAGGGAUCAGAAACAUACGUCAAUGGCAAACGUGUUGAAGAUGCAAUCCAGCUUCGUUCAGGUAACCGUAUCAUCAUGGGAAAGAACCACGUGUUUCGGUUCAACCACCCAGAACAGGCUAGGGCUGAAAGGGAGAAAACGCCGUCUGCUGAAACCCCUGUGGAGCCAGUGGAUUGGACCUUUGCUCAGAGAGAGCUGCUGGAGAAGCAAGGCAUUGACAUGAAGCAGGAGAUGGAAAAAAGGCUCACUGAGAUGGAGAUUUUGUACAAGAAGGAGAAGGAAGAAGCAGAUCAACUUCUGGAGCAGCAGCGCCUGGUUUAUGAGAGCAAACUGCAGGAACUUCAGAAACAGGUGGACUCAUGUUCCCUGGUAGCUGAGACGCCUGAUGAAGAAGAGUUGGAGGAGGAGGAGGAAGAGGAAGAGGUUAAACUACUUGGAUUGCCAUGGACUCAGCGUGAGUUUGAGCUGGCACAGUGGGCCUUCAGGAAGUGGAGGUAUCAUCAGUUCACAUCCCUCCGUGACCAGCUGUGGGGAAAUGCUGUCUACCUGAAGGAGGCCAACGCCAUUAGUGUGGAGCUAAAGAAGAAAGUCCAGUUCCAGUUUGUCUUGCUGACAGACACACUGUACUCGCCACUGCCCCCUGAGCUCCUGCCUCCAGAACCAGAGAAAGAGCAUGACUCCAGGCCUUUUCCCCGCACAGUGGUGGUUGUAGAGGUUCAGGACCUUAAGAAUGGAGCUACUAACUACUGGUCCCUUGCUAAACUCAAGCAGAGGCUGGACCAGAUGAGAGAGAUGUAUGACCGUGCUGGCGAAAUGGCCUCCACACACCAGGAGGACGAUGAUGGUACUCUGACUGGAAGUGACCCCUUUUAUGACCGUUUCCACUGGUUUAAACUUGUAGGAAGCUCCCCUAUCUUCCAUGGUUGUGUUAAUGAGCACCUAGUCGACCGCACGCCCUCGCCUACAUUUUCCACGACUGACUCCGAGAUCACCGAGUUAGCAGACGAGCGCCAGAGCGAGAUGUCUGAUUUGAUUGACGAUGAGGCGUUUGUGGAUGACACCAGCUCGGAUACCGGCACAGAGGAGGGCUCGGACAUCUUCAGUGACGGCCAGGACCCCUUCUAUGACCGCAACCCCUGGUUCAUCCUGGUGGGAAGAGCUUUCGUGUACCUGAGCAACCUGCUGUACCCUGUAACGCUGGUUCACCGUGUUGCCAUAGUAACAGAGAAGGGCGAGGUUUGUGGUUUCCUGCGUGUGGGGGUGCAGGCUAUAGCUGCUGACGAGGAGGCCCCAGACUACGGGUCAGGAGUUAGGCAGUCAGGAACCGCCAAGAUUUCUUUUGAUGAUGAAUACUUCAAAAAGAGUGACUUUCCCUCCAUGGUCAUGACCCACUCUGGCUUGUCCCUGGAAGAGUUGCGCAUUGUGGAAGGUCAGGGUCAGAAUUCAGAGGUCAUCACACCCUCCGAGGAGCUCAACAGACUCAAUGACAUGGACCUCAAGCUGGGUAACAUAGGAGAGACUAAGCUGAGUGUCGGUGGCGGUCUGGCAGGCCAGCUGGAAGUGGGUAGCAUCUUUACCUUCCGUGUCACCGUGCUCCAGGCCAGCGGCAUCCUGCCUGAGUAUGCUGACGUCUUCUGCCAAUUCAAUUUCCUGCAUCGUCAUGAUGAGGCUUUUUCCACUGAGCCUUUAAAGAACAAAGGAGCUCCUCUGGGCUUUUACCACGUCCAGAAUAUUUCAGUAGAGGUCACAGAAUCCUUUAUUGAGUACAUCAAGAGCAAGCCCAUUGUGUUUGAAGUGUUUGGCCAUUAUCAGCAGUACCCGCUGCAUCUUCAUGGCCAGGACCUGAUACGUCCUCCAACACCAUCAAGGAAAUACUAUCCUAUUCCCAUGCCUUUAUCUAAACCAGUUCCAGCCACCAAACUGAACACCAUUACUAAAUCCAACCUGGGUCAGUGCGUCAGCAAGUAUGACCUGCUGGUGUGGUUUGAGAUCAGCGAGCUGGAGCCCACCGGAGAGUACAUUCCAGCUGUGGUGGAUCACAGUGGAGGACUGCCCUGCCAUGGCACCUACCUCCUGCACCAGGGGAUCCAGCGGAGGAUCACAGUGACUCUCAUCCAUGAGAAGGGUAGCGAGCUCCACUGGAAGGAUGUUCGCGAGCUGGUUGUGGGUCGUAUCAGAAACAAAGCAGAAGUGGACGACAGCGCAGCCGAUGCUGUCCUGUCCCUCAACAUAAUUUCUGCAAAGAACAUCAAGUCAUCCCACAACUCCAACAGGACUUUCUACCGCUUCGAGGCAGUGUGGGACAGCUCCCUGCACAACUCCCUGCUGCUGCACCGAGUCACUCCAUAUGGAGAGAAGAUCUACAUGACCCUGUCGGCAUAUCUGGAGCUUGAUCAUUGCAUCCAGCCUGCUAUUAUUACCAAAGACAUCUGCAUGGUCUUCUACUCCCGAGACGCAAAAAUCUCCCCUCCCCGUUCCUUGAGGAACUUCUUUGGGAGUGGAUACUCCACAACUCCUGACUGCAAUCGAGUCACUGGCAUCUACGAGCUGAGCUUGUGCAAGAUGUCUGACACUGGAAGCCCAGGGAUGCAGCGUAGGAGGAGGAAGGUUCUGGACACAUCAGUGGCUUAUGUGCGUGGAGAGGAGAACCUGGCUGGCUGGAGGCCUCGAGGAGACAGUCUCAUAGUGGAGCACCAGUGGGAGCUGGAGAAAAUGGAGCAACUGCAUGAGGUGGAGAAGACCCGUCACCUGCUCCUCCUGAGGGAGAAGCUGGGAGAAGCAGCUCCUGUGGGAACAGCUCCCACCACCAAGUCCCUGAGCGAGUCACUGUCUCCCAGUAUAAGCUCAGGCACGCUGUCCACCUCCACUUCCAUCUCCUCGCAGAUCUCCAGCAUCACCUUUGAAAGCGCCAUCACACCCAGUGAGAGCAGCGGCUACGACUCUGCCGACAUCGAGAGCCUCGUGGACCGUGAGAAGGAGCUGGUUACUAAAUGCCUGCGUCUCCUGACACACACCUUCAACAGUGAAUAUAACCAGGUGGUCAACAGUAUCAGUGACUGCAAGUUGUCUGACAUCUCACCAAUUGGACGUGACCCUUCAGUGACCAGCUUCAGCAGUGCCACCCUCACCCCAUCCUCCACCUGCCCUUCUCUGUCUGAUUCCCGCUCUGGCUCCAUAGACCAGAAGACCCCAGAGAACAGCUCUCAUGCCUCCAGCCCUUCCGGCUCCGACUAUGAAAACUUCCCAUUGGUUCCCACUCUGGAGACCUCCUACCUAGCACGGGCUGGAAAGAACGAGUUCCUGAACCUGGUGCCUGAUAUUGAAGAAAUGAGGCCAGGAUCCGUUGUGUCUAAGAAGGGCUUCCUGAGCUUCAUGGAGCCCCGCUCCAACUCGUGGGUGAAACACUUUGUUGUUGUGCGCCGGCCCUAUGUCUUCAUUUACAACAAUGACAAGGACCCGGUGGAGCGGGGUGUUCUUAACCUCUCCACAGCACAGGUGGAAUACAGCGAAGACCAGCAGGCCAUGCUCAAGACUCCCAACACGUUUGCUGUGUGCACAAAACAUCGAGGAAUCUUGCUACAGGCCAUCAAUGAGAAGGACAUGAACGACUGGCUGUACGCUUUCAAUCCUUUGCUCGUAGGAACAAUAAGAUCUAAGCUGGCGAGAAGGCGCAGCGGUCUAACGAAGAACUGAGUGAGUCGACAGGCACACAGGCAACCAUGGCUUCCAUUCUUUCGGAAAAGCCUUUGAACAUACCAAGUGUUAACACUUAUUAAUCAUUGUGAUUCUUGACGGUUUUCUCUUGUAAGUAGACUUGUGGCUUGAGUCUCCUUUCAUGCGACUAAAAGUUUCAUUUCCAGAGGAAUUUUCCUCCCCUCUGCCUCCACCAACCCUCUGCCAGCCUCGCUCUCCUCCUCUCUAUUUCUCUCCCCACCUCUUCCUCAGCCUUUUUUGUGUGUAUGUGUUUUGGUUUUUAUGACAAUGUUCGGGUCUAAUUUUGUUCUGCUUUGUUGUUGACAUUCCCUAACUCCCUAACUAAGUAGCAUGUUGUAAUAGUCUACUUGUGUGUGCACGACUCUUCGGAAACCGAUUUUCAUUUUGCCAGUCAUCUGUAAAAAUUGUCUCUGUCAGUGUUAUUUGACUCCUAAGAAGAGUUUUAUUUUGUUAGGUUGUUUUUUAAAUGAAUAUGCCCUUGUAAUAAUUGCAGCAGUAAGGAGACCAGGUUUGCUUACUCAAAAAAAAAA